CCCGCCGUCGCCCUCGCCGUCGCCCCCGCCAGCGUCCGGCCCGCCGCCCCUCGCGCGCCCGCCAGCCUGGCAAAAACCCUCCCUCGCCCUUCCCACCAUCCGCCACGAGCUCUCUGCGGCUCCCUAGACCUCCCCGCGCGGUCUAGGAGCCCGCACGAUCUCAGCCCGAACACCACUUCCUCUCCCCCGCCCCCUCCCCCUCUCGCUCUUUCUCUCUCUCUCUCCCCCCUCCUCCGCGUCGACAUGUCACAGCUGGCCUCACAGCUUGGGCGCAACCUCGCCAAGCAGGCCCUCACCCCGGGGCAUGCCUCCAUCGGCACGCAGUCGCUGACGGUGCCCAUGCGCACCGGGCCCACCUCCCCGUCGGCCAGCUGGCUGCCGGCCGUUCGCCAGCCGGCCAGCUCCACAAGCAUCACCGUGGUCCCCGGGCCCGGGCCCGGGGUCGGCGGGUCCAACCCGCUGGGUCUGGCCCCGGGCGUGGCCAAGGUCCCCCCGAUCGCCGGGGUGCCGCCCGCCUCGCCACACGCCUCCUCCGUCUACUCCAUGUACUUCGAGCAGGCCGGCUGCUUCUACUCCGGGGCCGGGGCCGGGGCCGGGGCCGCGGCCAGUAGCGGCUCCGCGGCCGCUGGGUCCGGCUCCGGCGCCGCCUUCGCCCACAUCGGCGGCAACCUGUCCGUGGUGCACUCCUUCCAGGCGGCCGCGGUGACCGGCGCCUUCCAGCACAUGGUCACGUCUCCCGGCCUGGCCGGCGGCCUCCCCCGGCCGCUGGACCUGCACUCCGGCCUCUCGCGCCUGGCCAGCGGCUAUCACUCUUGCUCGCUGGCCGCGCUGACCGGCGGCGGGCAGCCGGCAGCCGCAUCGCCGGGCCCCGAGCCGGCUCGCCGGCGCCCGGCCCGGCCACUUCGGCGCGUCCCCCCGCCGGCACGGUCUCCCCCUCCGACGCCGCGACUGGCCACUCGUCCCACCGCCUCGGUGCCCGUAUCCAUCGCGGCGGCGGCGGCGGCGGCGGCGGCCACCACCACCACCACCACCACCGCCGCCAUCGCCGGGGCCACCGCAUCCACCGGCUCGAGCUCCUCAGUGGCCGCGCUGGCGGUCGCCGUCGCCCAGCCUCGACUCCCGGUAUCGGUGGCCGCCGUCACCACUGCCAGCACCCCGUCGGCCCAGCAGCAACCGGCCCUGGCGAAGGCUGCCCCCGCCAAGAGUCCCCGGGUUGCGGUCGAUCCGGCCUCCACCGCGGCGGCGGCCCAGCCCCCGGUCCCGGCUGCGGCUGUGACCCCGGCCAAGACCGCGGCCCCGGUGGCGGUGGCCCCCCCUGCCGGGAAGAUGGCGGCCGAGAUCCCGGCCCCGCUGGCCGCCGCCGUGGCCGCCACCGCCAGGGUCCCCGCCUCGGCCGGGCCCUCGGCGGCCGAGCGCGCCGUGACGGCCGUGCGCGAAGCCGCCGAGCGCGCCGCCCUCGAGGCCUCCUCCGCGCACAGCCCCCUCAUCCGGGCCCUGGCCGAGCUGAACCAACAGCAGGCCGCCACCGCGGCCCCUCCGGCCUCCAGUGACAAGGCCGCCCGCAUGGCCCCCCCCUCGGGCCAUGGCAGCGGCUUCGCCUCGACGGCCGGGUCCUUUGUCCCGACGCAGUCGCCCUCGGCGCCGGGGGCCUCCCCGGGGCAGCCUCCCCCCCAUGGGCGGCUCUCCCGCGCGUCGCUGGUGUCGCCCGCGGCCGCGCUCCUGCUGUACGGCCUGUAUGACAAUGACUCCGGGGCCAGUUCCAGCUCCCUCCCGACGGACCACCACUCGAUCGACGAUGAGGAUGACGACCACUUCCUGGCCAGCACCCUGGGGCUCGGCACCGGGAGCCCCCUCCGGUCGCCGCCCCCCUCGCACACCUUCCCCACGUCGCACUUCCACGAGGGGAUCCUCUCGGCCACCGGCGGCUACCCGACCCCGGAGCCGCAGCCGCCCACCCCCUCGGCCGUGAUGCUGCUGUCCCCCUCGCCCUCGGACCACAUGUCGCAGUCGUCCAGCUCCGAGUCCCUGUCGCUGGACCUCGGCCACUCGACAAGCCGAAUCCACUUUGUGUCCGGGCACCGGCAGGUGGGCCAAUCGGCCAAGGGCUUCGGGCCCCUGUGCGGCGGCGGCGGCGGCGGCGGCGGCGGCGGCGGCGGCGGCGGCGGCAAUGGCGCCGGUCGAGUGGACGAUUUGUCCACCCUCCCGGCGGCGGCCUUCUUCCUGGGCGGCGACAUUGACUCGCCCCCCCCGUCCUCCUUCUCCUCUUCCUCCUCCUCCUCGUCGUCGGCCAUAUCCAACGCCUCGUCGGACAGCUCGUCGGACUUGUCCGACUCCGACACCUUCCUGGGGUCGGGGUUCAUCGGGUCGCCCAUGGGCGGCCCCGGGCCCGGGCCCGGCUCCCUGACCGCCGCCCAUGGGGCCGGGCCUUCCUGGUCCUUCCCGGCCACGACCAUUCCCUAUGACCACCCGGGGUUCAGCCCGUUGUCCGGGUUCGCGCAUGCGGGGGGCCCCUUCUCGGCGGGGACCGCCGGCCCGGGGGCCGCCCUCGGCGGCGGCGGCGGCGGCGGCGGGAUGGCCCCUCGGCCGAGUGUCCAUUUUGAGGGGGCCCCCCGGCCGCCGGCUUCGGUGGCUGCUCCCUCGACCGGCCCCUUCACGGAUGGGCCGCUCUCCUUCCACCAGCUCCUGAUGCAUGGCCCGCCCGCGGUGCCGACUUCCCGCUACCACCAUCAUCACCACCAGCACCAGCACCAGCACCAGCACCAGCAGCAGCAGCAGCAGCAACAGCCCCCCCCUCACCACCACCACCACCACCACCAUCCUCAUCAGCGCGCCGCCGGCGCCGGCCCGGUCGACACCUACGCGGCCGGCUAUGUGCCCUACUCGUCGGUGUCUCUGAGUGGCCUGAGCCCCGGGGUGUCGGUGGCCAGCUCGCCGCAAUUCCCCCACCCCCACCAGCACCUUGGUGGAGGGGGGAGUGCCACCCAGCCGGCCGGUGGUCCGGCCCCGGCCCAGCCGAUGGCCGUGCCCCCGUCCGCGGCCAAGCCCUUCGCCCAUGCGGCCGGGCUCGGUGCCAGCAUCAUCGCCGAGGGGGCCUACCUGGCGGCCAAUGCCCCGCCGGCCGCUUCGUCCCCGCCAGGGGCGGCGGCCUCCCAUCCGCAGCACCCCUUCGCCCCCCCGGGGUCGCUGCUUCGGCCCGGGCCCGGUGGCCCCGCUGGCUUUUCGCCGCCCCCCUCUCCCCCGUCGGCGGAGUUGGCCUUCUCGUCGUUGGCCGGGUCGCCCAUGUCGUCGUCGGCCGGCAGCGGCGGCACCGCCAACGCCCCCCCCACCACCGGCGGCGGAGGGCAUGCGCCCCAGGCCCCCCCGCCCAGCGCCUACCACCAGUCCGGCCAUCCCCACUACCAGUACCAGCAGUACCACCAGUACCAUGCCGCCCUGGACCUGGCCGGGGCGCCCCCCUCGGCGGGGGUCUCCCUGACCGGGACCUCGCCCAGCGCCGGGCCGUCAUGGGCCACGGCCGCGGCCGCGGCCGCCACCGGCCCCGGGGCCGGCAUGCCGUUGCCCAUUCCCCCGGGCAACCGGUCCAGUCGCUCGCACUCGGUUGGCUCCUCGGCCCAGGCCCUCGGCGGGAAUGUCGGCGGGGGGGCCUCCACCCCCUUGGUCCUGCCUGGCAGCCUGGACUCCUGCCUGAUGGGGUCCACCUCGAUGGAGGCCCUCCCAUCGAGUGGCAUCCUUCCUUCGGGCACGGUGGCCGCCGGGCCGCCGGGCCGCGCGCGGUCCCCCGACUCCGAGGGGGACCUGCCCUCGGCAAUGUCCGAGGGGCUGGUGGCUGGCGGGCGACCGAGCCGCUCCGGGCCCGGGCCCGGGCCCGGGUCCCGGUCGGCCACCCUCCCACCGCAGUCCCAGGGGUCCUCCCGUCGUCGAGGCAGCCCGCCCUCGAGCGGUGAUGCUGCCUCCGGUGGUGGCGGGGGGGGGCGCACGUCCCCGACCGGCGGUCGCAAUGGGGGUGCUGCCUUCCUCAUGGCGGCGGGUCCGGUGGACCCGGCCCCCGGGUCGCCCGGCCGCGGCAAGCCCGGUCGGUCUGGUCGUGGCAUGGCUGCCUCGGCCGCCAUGGGCCCCGGGACCGAUGCCGGCACUUUGGGCAAGGGCAGCACGCCCGGGCUGCCACUCGGCCCCGGGCCGGGGCUUGCCCCCUCGGACCCUGUCGCGAUUGUGGUGCAGCCCUCCGCGCGUGGGUCUGGCGUCGGUGGGUCCGCCGGCGGACGGGGCCGCCGCGGUGGCCACCACCACCACCACUCCGGGGAUCACAUCUCGGUGGUGACGGUGGCGGCGUCGCCGGCAGCACUGGCGGCGGCGGCCGCGGCGGCGGCGGCGGCCGCUUCCGAGACCGGCCCCGGCCCUCGUCCCGCCGGCCUGGCGGCUUCCGCGGCCACGGCGCCCGGCCUUCCGCAGCGUCGGGGCCAGCAGGGCGCCGGUCGCUCCGGCUCGCCCGGCGCCACCUCGGCAGCCACCUCCCCCCGAGUGCAUCAUGACGCCCUGGAGGCCGAUGUGCCUGUUUCUGGCGCCCCGGCCGUCGGCGCCGCUGCUGCCUCCUCGGCGGG